AUGGGUGAUAGUCGGCCGUUCGUUACAAUAAGUGAAUGGCAGCCUACGGGGGAUGGGAAUAGUUUCAGCAGUGGAGAUUCUGCCGUACGUCGAGAUAGAAAGACAGCCAGGCCUCAAGCUCGAUCUCGUCUAAUUGCAUCUUCUCAGUAUGGUUCUAGCAUUGAAGAUGAAAAGACGCCAGCAGCCACGCACGACAUCAGUCGGGUGAGCUACCACGUCAAGCAUCUACCCGAAUUCGCCAAGACACUCGAGGAUUCGGCUACGCGGGCUUUCCCCAACCGGGGAGGCUCACAAAGGUACAAGAAAGUGCAUGUGCUUCUUCUUCACUGGACGUGUGACGACUUGUUCGUCCUGAAGGAGCUCGAUGACCUGGAGGCAUGCCUUCGGGAGGAAUAUAAUUUCCAAACCGAAACCUUCCCGAUACCGUCCGACAACGCACACCUCGAGCUGAUGUUGAAAGUUGGCGCCAUGAUAAAGGAACACGAAUCAAGUGAUACGCUGUUCAUCGUCUAUUAUGGUGGCCACGCAAGGAUCGACGACUCAAGACAAAGUACAUGGUGCGGAACUCGAAGUUCAGACUCUCCGUGGCUACAAUGGUCCGCUAUUCAGACAUUGUUAGAACGAUCUCUAUCGGAUGUUCUCAUCCUAUUAGAUUGCUGUGCAGGGGCUGCAAGUGCUACUUUUCCUAAUGGCAAUAGCAUCACGGAAACGAUAUCGGCAUCUAGUUGGGACGCUAUUGCUCCCGAUCCUGGGAGGUACUCAUUCACCAACACCCUGAUUGAAGUGCUUCAAGACUGGAAACGAAGGACGUUUUCCGCCGCGAUGCUCCACGCCGAGGUUCUCGCACGCCUCAAGCAUCCAAGACCCGAAAUGUUGAAUGGCAAGCACUUCGAGGCACGCGCUACACCUGUGCAUUUUAUGAUGACCGCCAAUCAUAAAGCACCAAGUAUCGAGGUAACCCGGAUCCUGUCGCCAGAUGCAAGACCACCUUCGCCUCCUCAGGAACCGGGGUUCGAACCAACUUCUCCUAAUGGUCGAUCAGCCGGCCCGCAAGAUAUCAUCGGAUCGGAGCCUAACGAAGACGUACCGCAUGUAAUGAUUUCUCUAGCCCUUGAAGAGGAUCAACGUCUCAACAUUAAUGACUGGGAACACUGGCUUUCAAAUAUACCAGCACUAGCUAAGUAUGUUAAGGUCCAAGGGGUAUUCAAGAGCCAUUCGACGUUACUCCUAUUGUCGAUGCCGGUCAUGAUUUGGGAUCUGCUCCCCGAUAAUCAUGCCUGCAACUUCGUGGCCUUCAUUCGAUCCAACAACUUAGCUGUUCGUAACCAUGGCGAGUCGAGGCCACUGGAGGAAGAAGUACCAAUGAGUGCCGAUAAUGAUGCAGAUUUGAGAUCAAUUUAUUCAGGAACUACAGCAUAUACUUCUAGACCGUUAGAGUCUGGUAGGUUAUCGAUAAUGUCGGCCCUUUCAAGCGAGAGAACAUCGAUGGAUCCGAUGUAUAGAAGAGCUGAUGGCCCGAUGGCCGAUGUUACUUCCCGAAACUACCGUCCCACGACGAACGCAAUAUCUAAAGGCCACCAUAUGUCCAGCGGGGGGUGGCAAUCAAGGCAACGCUCUACGCCUGGUGGCUCGCUACAUAAGAGCAUGUCUUAUAGUAAUAUAGCGCAGCACCUGGCUAUAAAUAAGCCUCGAAACAUGCGGAGGACAUCCCUAGCAUCUGUAGCCAGUCAACCUGAACUUCCACAGCACGCCCAGACACGGCUGGAAGAAUAUUUCGAGGGUAACCCAUUGCCGACUAUUGCCGUCAGAGAAUUCCUCGCGUCAACCCUUGGCGUAGAGACUGCGGACAUUGACGCUUGGUUCGAAAACCGUCGAGACCAACAAGAGGUCGAGAAUCGAUUGCAGAGCUUAAAGAUAGAUGACCAAAGCCGAGAGCCUCCCAACCACGGGGCUCAGAUGAUUCUUCCCGGGCACCUCAACAAAUUGCUUGAAAUAUUCCCAGAGGAUCAGAUUGUGAUAAUUGACCUCCGCUCACCAUCCGAGUACGCCCAGUCUCACAUCCAUGGCGCAAUCAACUUCAGGGCACCCGCUUCCUUUGUAGCACGAGCCACCAUGGAAAUGAUCGAAAAGGCACUUCCGGAUGAGACAAGCCGCGAUUCAUUUAAUAACUGGUACGCAAGUAAAUGUGUCGUAUUUUAUGAUAAGGUAGUCGAGUAUCCUUGGGAGACGCCCGUAGCGGACGCGCUUUUACAGAAGCUUAGGAGCAAAGGUUGGACUGGUCAAUGCUUCGUGCUCAAGGGUCACUUCCGCGAAUUCUCACAAUCAUUCGACAAGUAUAUUGUGGGUAACAAUAUGAAGAGCAGCGCGAAGGAGUAUCUUGCUAGCCUCCAGGAAUCUUCAUGUGAAAAGAAGAAGGAUAGCCAUCAGCGAUACGGCGAGUGGCUCAAACUCCUCGAAGGUGAAGAUAGGGUACAAACAACUGACCUCGUGCCGGCGGUCAAGAGUGAGCGCGUCGAGGCUACGACGAAGCACCAGAGGGAGAUUGAAGAUGAAUUUGAAAAAAGGGAGCCGGAACUAUACAGGGAGGCCGCGGACCGUGAGCCAGACGGAAAUUGGGCCAUUAAAGGCCCUAUGGUAGCUCAUUUGGAACGUGGAAUCGCCAAGAUGCAAGAAGCUGGAAAGGGUGUUGGUAUGAGCAAAUCUGGUCCAGAUUCCUCUGACUAUAAACGAGCCGCGGAUAAACUCUCCAUGUCGGAAUAUGACUUGCUCGAGUCCGAAGAUGAGCACCCGAGCCAUAACGCAAUUCCGCCAAAAAGGGGAUCAGGAUCCGCCCCUCCUAAAUCUACGCCCGACGAACCCGCCCCCGAGAAGAGGGGACGAUCUACAUUAGGCGGCGGGCGCGGUUUUCUAAACAAGAUAAUGCGAAGCGCUCGCCCGGAUACUCCAUGA